AUGGCGCCGAGGAAACGCAAGAAUCAGAAAGAGGAGCCGGCCGAGGUGACCACGGUGACGACCACGGUGGUGACUCACAGAUCCACUCGGCGAGUGACUCGGAGCUUGACUCGGGGAGCUUCGAGUGCAAACCCGGUUGAGUCACUUCCCGAGUUGCCGGCGCGGAAGAAGUCCAAGGGAGCUCAGAAGAAGAAGGAGCCGAAGAAAGAGAAGGGGGAAGAGGAAGAGAAAGACGAAGCGGAAGCGGAAGGGGAAGAUGUGGAGGAAGAGAAGGAGAAGGCCGAAGAGAGCGAGGAGGGGGCUGAGGCUGAGGCUGAGGGCGAGAAAGAGGAGGUCGAAGGAGACGAAGCUGAGGAGAAUGAUGGUGAGGAAAAGGAGGGGGCUGAGACUGAGGGUGAGAAAGAGGAGGUCGAAGGAGACGAAGCUGAGGAGAAUGAUGGUGAGGAGUCGAACAAGAAGACCAUUGUGAUUGAACACUGCAAGCAAUGCAAUUCAUUCAAGACAAGAGCUAAUCAGGUCAAAGGUGGUUUAGAGAAAGGCGUUCCUGGUAUCACAGUUCUCAUAAACCCUGAUAAGCCAAGAAGGGGCUGCUUUGAAAUACGGGAGGAAGGUGGUGAGACAUUCAUCAGUCUUUUGGGCAUGAAACGACCAUUUAAACCAAUGAAGGAUCUGAACAUGGAGGAAGUCAUUGGCAAUAUAAUUGAGAAGAUCAAAUGA